GUUAAAGUAAGCUAACGAGCUGCUCCUCAACUGUUUGCGUUCGCACUCGACAUUAACGCCGACAGGAGCGACACGAGCGACUGCACCUUAUCAGCUCAGUGUUACCCGGUUAUUAAGUGUUUAUUGUAAACAGUUUGGUCGUUUGCACUAACAGGUCUCUGCCCGAGUACGGAGAGGGGGAAAGAAAUGGCAAAUCAGCUGUCUCAGUCUCUGCCGGAGCAGACCUUUCAGUACCAAAACAGUCUGCCACCCCUGCCUGUCCCCUCACUGCAGAGCAGCCUUUCUAAAUACCUGGAUGCAGUUCGUCCGUUCGCCUCUGAGAGAGACUUUAAAGCUACGGAGGAGACUGUGAGGAAAUUCCAAGCGGGUGUUGGCCAGGAGCUGCACAAGAAACUCCUCCAGAGAGCCAAGACAAAGAAGAACUGGCUGGAAGAAUGGUGGUUGGACACGGCGUAUCUGGAGGUGCGCAUCCCCUCUCAGCUCAAUGUGAACUUUGGUGGCCCAGCACCCUACCUGGAGCACUGCUGGCCACCUGCAGAGGGAACUUACCUGCAGAGGGCCAGUAUUAUCACAUGGCACACACUGCAGUACUGGAACCUGCUUCGCACAGAGAGGCUGGCUCCUCAGAAAGCAGGGAAAACGCCGUUGGACAUGGACCAGUUCAGAAUGCUCUUCUGCACCUGUAAAGUACCCGGAGUGAAGAAAGACACCAUCCGAAACUACUUCAAGACAGAGCGUGAGGGUCUGUGCCCCUCCCAUGUGGUAGUGAUGUGCCAGGGGAGGAUAUUCACAUUUGAUGCACUUUGUGAUGGAGAAAUCCUCACUCCUCCAGAAAUUCUCAGGCAGCUGAGCUAUGUGAAGGAGCGCUGUGACUCAGAGCCUAAGGGAGACGGCGUGGCCGCGCUCACCUCAGAGGAGAGGACUCGCUGGGCGAAGGCCAGAGAGCAUCUAAUAAGCAUCGAUCCACACAAUAACACCAUCCUAGAGACCAUCCAGAGCAGCUUGUUUGUCAUUUCUCUGGAUGAAGUGAAACCCUACUCUACCCCAGAGAACUACUCAAAUAUGACCGCAGAAGCUCUCACCGGCAACCCCACCAUCCGCUGGGGUGACAAAUCGUACAACUCAAUCGUGUUUUCAGACGGCACGUUCGGAUCCAAUUGUGAUCAUGCGCCGUAUGAUGCUAUGGUCCUGGUGUCUAUGUGCUGGUAUUUGGACCAGCAGCUCAAAGCUACAGAGGGCAAAUGGAAGGGCUCAGAUGCAGUCAGACCGGUGUCCUUCCCCGAGGAACUGGUGUUCACUAUGGAUGAAAAAGUCAUUGGCGAUAUCAGUCAUUCCAAAAAGCAAUACAUCAAGUCGGCACAGGACCUCCAGGUUGUGUGUUACGCUUUUACAGCAUUUGGUAAAUCCGCCAUCAAACAGAAGAAGCUCCAUCCAGACACUUUUGUUCAGCUGGCGAUGCAGCUGGCCUACUACAGACUGCACAAGAAGCCAGGAAGUUGUUAUGAGACGGCAAUGACGCGCAAGUUUUAUCAUGGCAGGACUGAGACGAUGCGCCCCUGCACCCAGGAGGCUGUGAACUGGUGUAAAACCAUGACGGACCCCACAUGCAAUGAUGGCGUCAGGAGGAAGGCCAUGCUGCAAGCCUUCAGUAGACACAAUGACCUGAUGGCUGAAGCACAGGAAGGACAAGGUUUUGACAGGCAUCUUCUGGGGCUGUAUCUUAUUGCCAAGGAGGAGGGACUUCCAACCCCAGAAUUAUUUAUGGAUCCCCUUUACGCAAAGAGUGGCGGUGGGGGUAACUUUGUGCUGUCGUCCAGUCUGGUGGGCUACACUACAGUUCUGGGGGCUGUGGCUCCCAUGGUGCACCAUGGCUACGGCUUCUUUUACCGCAUCAGGGAUGACAGGAUCGUGAUCUCCAUGUCAGCGUGGAAAUCCUGCCAUGAGACGGAUGCUCCAUCACUGUUCAAUAGCUUCAGUAGCUGCCUGCAUGAGAUGCUCCACUUAGCCACCACUUCUCAGCUAUAAACCUACUUAAGCAGGGAAACAGGAUAAUUUAAUGUCCAUGUUGUACCACAGAGAGCCUGUUUUAAAUAUCAAUGCACUUGUAGUUGUUCUACUCAAUGGUGACAGCUAGAUCAGCACGAAUCAAUGCAAAGGUGCAGAAUCUGUACCUCUUUUUUUUUUUUAAUGUAAACGUAAAUUACUCAAGAUUUUAUGUAGUCAUUAACAUUGUGUAAACUGUUCUUUUGGGUGUACUCCCCCCCUUCUGUUUCAACGCUCGUUUUUAUUUUGAUUGUGUAGUUUGAAAUCCUGACAGUAUUAUUCCACAUUUUAAGAUAAUAUGUUAACCGCUAAGUGGCUAACGACUCCUGUUCGCCUUAGUUUUCACUGUGAAAAAGCUCUUUUCCAGUAAUUGUAGAAAAGAGCUGUUAGGCUUGAACUGAAGCUGAGUAAAGUUAAACACUACUGAAUCGUGAAUCGUAACACUGUGUAUGGAAGCUUGUUUCUAAAGCUUUUGCAGAGUUAAUUCAACAUUUCUACUUCAGGUUCAAAGAACCUGAAAUUUUAACUAAUGGAUGGCAGAAACAAGCUUCUACUGACUAUUGUGGACAAAUAGUUGAUCGUCUUGUCAAAACAGUGCCUACAGAUAAAGGAAAUGCACUUGAAUACCACAAGAGGACGUGAAUGUACCCCAUCACAUGAAGUGCACACACUGGGCUAAUUUAAACUCAUUAAAAGAGAGAAGUAGGCACGACUCGUGUAAGUUUGUCUUCCAGUUUCUCCAGGUACCAAUUCCUUCUACACACUAUGCAACUUUGUUUUUAUUUUCAUGUCCAAAUUAGGGCUGCCACGAUUGGUCAACUAGUCACGAUUACUAGUCGAUGCAUCGUUUGAAGCUUUGUAAGAUCCCAAAAGACGCAGGAAUAAGUAGUAGGAUUUAAGUGUAAUAACGGACUGAAACAGAAGAUGGCAGCACUGCAUGUACAAGGAUGCCAGCUGCCGUUAAACCCAGAAGAAGAAGAAACUGUCCCAGAAUUCAUAGCGCGGCCCUGCUCAGUUUCCAACAAUGGCGGCAGCUAGUUAGUUUUAAAUAUCUUAUUAUUCUUUCUGGGUCACAAAAUAAACGUUUAACAUAUUUUCAGGCGAGAAUGUAGCUGUGUAAACUUCAAAUAUCUGCUCAGUUUAUCAAGACACCACAUAUUUUCAAAAGCGCUCCGACGUUUUCGGAGACGUCUGUUACCCACCAGCUCGAUAGCUAGCCGGGGUUCAAGGCUCACUAGAGCCGCUGAGAACACCAGACUCCCGGCAAAUUGUUUUCAAACCCACCGCCGUCUUUCACUAC